AGGGAGGGAGGCGGGAGUGCGCUCUGCUCUGGCAGCCGUGGCCGCGGCGACUUUGCUCUUUAAAUUGGUCUCAAAGCCGAUUACAGCUGAUCUCCCACGUGACAUUUCCCCUUCUGGCUCCCUCCGAGGGAGGAAGAGGAGGAGGAGGAGGAAGGAGACAGGGGCCCAAGAGAGAGAGAGACACACACAGAGAGGGAGAGACAGCAGUGGGCAAAGGCGCGCCUGGCACAACUUUUCCUGGCGGCGCGCAAAGGAGGACUGCGGAGAUGCUGCCGGGAAGGCUGAGCUAAGGACAGGAGCGAAAGGCAGGCAGGCCAGGCGGGCGCAGGGUUAGGGUCCCUUUGGGGGCUCUCCCGGCGGGUGGGGACCAUGCAGAAGAGCGUGCGGUGCAACGAGGGCCACGCCUUGUACCUGGCGCUGGUGGCCCGCAAGGAGGGCUCCCGCCGGGGCUUCCUGAGCAAGAAGACGGCCGAGACGGCCAGCCGCUGGCACGAGAAGUGGUUCGCGCUCCACCAGAACCUGCUCUUCUACUUCGAGGCCGAGAGCAGCACCCGCCCCGCCGGGCUCUACCUGCUGGAAGGCUGCACCUGCGAGAGGGCCCCCGCCCCCUCCGCCAUGGACAAGCAGUUCUACUUCACUGUCCUUUUUGGCCAUGAAGGACAGAAACCACUUGAGCUCCGCUGUGAAGAUGAAGCAGAUGGAGAAGAAUGGGUAGAUGCUAUUCACCAGGCGAGUUACUCAGAUAUCUUAAUUGAAAGGGAGGUAUUAAUGCAAAAAUACAUACAUCUAGUUCAGAUUGUAGAGACAGAAAAGAUCUCAGCCAAUCAGCUGCGACAUCAACUUGAGGAUCAAGACACAGAAAUUGAAAGGCUUAAAUCAGAGAUUGUAGCUCUCAAUAAAACUAAAGAACGUAUGCGACCUUAUCAAGGCAGCCAAGAAGAAGAAGAUCCAGAUAUCAAAAAAAUUAAAAAGGUUCAGAGUUUUAUGCGAGGUUGGUUGUGCAGAAGAAAGUGGAAGACAAUUGUCCAAGAUUAUAUUUGUUCUCCUCAUGCAGAGAGCAUGCGGAAGAGGAAUCAAAUUGUUUUCAACAUGGUUGAGGCUGAAUCGGAAUAUGUGCAUCAACUUUACAUUCUUGUUAAUUGUUUUCUAAGACCCUUAAGAAUGGCCGCAAGCUCAAAGAAGCCACCCAUUAGUCAUGAUGACGUCAGCAGCAUAUUUCUCAACAGUGAAACUAUAAUGUUCUUGCAUGAAAUAUUUCAUCAAGGAUUAAAAGCAAGAAUAGCAAAUUGGCCAACUCUAAUUUUAGCUGAUUUAUUUGACAUCUUGCUACCAAUGCUGAAUAUUUAUCAAGAAUUUGUUAGAAAUCACCAGUACAGUCUUCAAGUUUUAGCAAACUGCAAACAGAAUAGAGAUUUUGACAAACUUUUGAAGCAAUAUGAAGCCAACCCUGCAUGUGAGGGCAGGAUGCUUGAAACUUUCCUCACUUAUCCCAUGUUUCAGAUCCCUAGAUAUAUUAUAACUCUUCAUGAACUUCUGGCUCAUACACCACAUGAACACGUGGAAAGAAAAAGCCUUGAAUUUGCUAAAUCCAAGUUAGAAGAACUUUCAAGAGUGAUGCAUGAUGAAGUUAGUGAAACAGAAAACAUACGGAAAAACCUUGCAAUAGAAAGGAUGAUCGUAGAGGGUUGUGACAUAUUACUGGAUACCAGUCAAACUUUUAUACGACAAGGUACUCUCAUUCAAGUCCCUUCAGUUGAGAGGGGGAAACUUAGUAAAGUUCGUCUGGGAUCAUUGUCUUUGAAAAAAGAAGGAGAAAGACAAUGUUUCUUAUUUACAAAACACUUAUUAAUUUGUACAAGAAGUUCUGGAGGAAAGCUGCAUCUGCUUAAGGCAGGAGGUGUCCUUUCGCUAAUAGAAUGCACACUAAUUGAGGAAACUGAUAUGAAUGAUGAGGACUCAAAAAAUUCUGGACAGGUGUUUGGACACCUUGACUUCAAGAUCGUGGUGGAACCAGCAGAUGCACCUCCUUUUACAGUUGUCUUGUUAGCUCCUUCGAGACAGGAAAAAGCAGCAUGGACAAGCGACAUUAGUCAGUGUGUUGACAACAUACGCUGUAAUGGUUUAAUGACCAUAGUAUUUGAAGAAAACUCCAAAGUCACUGUGCCACAUAUGAUCAAAUCUGAUGCUCGUCUUCACAAGGAUGACACUGACAUCUGCUUCAGCAAAACACUAAAUUCCUGCAAAGUGCCCCAGAUUCGUUAUGCAAGCGUAGAACGCCUUUUGGAGAGAUUAACAGACUUGCGAUUCCUCAGUAUUGAUUUCCUUAAUACUUUCCUACAUACUUACCGCAUAUUUACUACUGCAAAUGUUGUACUGGAGAAACUGUCAGAUAUAUACAAACGGCCUUUCACCUCAAUCCCAGUUCGAUCUUUGGAGUUGUUUUUUGCUACUAAUCAAAACAACAGAGAUCAUUUGGUUGAUGCGAAAUCACCACACCUCUGUCGCAAAUUCUCUUCUCCUCCACCGCUGUCACUCUCGAGGACUUCCUCGCCUGUCAGAACCAGAAAACUGUCAUUAAGCUCUCCACUAAAUUCAAGAAUAGGAGCUUUAGACCUGUCUACUACCUCCUCUCUUGCUAGCAGUCCUACCUCAACAUAUAGCCCUGCUACAUCACCACCUCCCACUUUGUCUAAAGUACCCCUAGACCUGAGCAAAGGGCCUUCAUCUCCAGAACAAAAUUCUAAUUUUGUCGAUGAGAACUCAGAGAAUCCACGCAUGGAGCUUUGCAACAAACUGAGAAGAAGCCUUCGAAGAGCAGCGGUUCUGGAGUCUGUAUCAGUGGACCGUACAAUCCCAGAAAGUGCCUCAUCCGUGGAUAGCCCUGAGCUCUCCCCAUGUAGAUCUCCUUCAACUCCAAGGCAUUUGCGCUAUCGACAGUCAGGGGUACAGGUGACUGACAACAGCCAUUGUUCUGUUUCCCCUGCUUCUGCCUUUGCUAUUGCUACUGCGGCAGCUGGACAUGGCAGUCCAUCAGGAUUUAAUAACUCUGAAAGAAUGUGUGAUAAGGAGUUCAUCAUACGCCGAGCAGCCACAAAUCGUGUCCUGAAUGUCCUUCGCCAUUGGGUCUCAAAACAUUCCCAGGAUUUCGAGCUAUACAAUGAACUGAAAAUGAAUGUUCUAAAUCUUCUAGAAGAAGUGUUGAGGGACCCUGACCUGCUGCCACAAGAAAGAAAAGCUACAGCAAACAUAUUGAGGGCACUUUCCCAGGAAGAUCAAGAUGACAAUCACUUAAAAAUAGAGGACAUCAUGCAGACGUUAGAAUGUCCUAAACCAGAGUGCUUUGAAACGCUAUCAGCCAUGGAGCUUGCUGAACAAAUAACUCUCUUAGAUCACAUUGUUUUCAGAAGCAUACCCUAUGAAGAGUUUCUUGGGCAGGGUUGGAUGAAAUUGGACAAAAUUGAAAGAACACCUUAUAUUAUGAAAACCAGCCAACACUUUAAUGAUAUGAGCAACCUUGUUGCAUCCCAGAUUAUGAAUUAUGCGGAUGUUGGCUCACGUGCAAAUGCGAUUGAGAAAUGGGUAGCAGUGGCAGACAUCUGCCGAUGUUUGCACAACUACAAUGGUGUGUUGGAAAUCACAUCAGCCUUGAACAGAAGUGCAAUCUACAGGCUGAAGAAAACCUGGGCUAAAGUUUCUAAACAGACUAAGGCUCUUAUGGAUAAACUUCAGAAGACUGUAUCAUCUGAAGGAAGGUUUAAAAAUCUCAGAGAAACACUCAAGAACUGUAAUCCCCCUUCUGUACCAUAUCUUGGAAUGUACCUAACAGACCUGGCAUUUAUUGAAGAAGGAACACCAAAUUUUACUGAAGAAGGCCUUGUUAAUUUUUCCAAAAUGAGAAUGAUAUCACAUAUAAUCAGGGAAAUACGGCAAUUCCAGCAGACGUCUUAUCGCAUAGAUCAUCAACCAAAGGUCACUCAGUACUUACUUGACAAGAGUCUCAUCAUAGAUGAAGACACAUUGUAUGAACUAUCUCUAAAGAUUGAACCCAGAUUGCCUGCCUGAAAAACCAGUUUUGUUCUUCAUCCCACAGAGAACUCUAGUGUAAUGGAAAAAUUAUGCAUGGCAUGUCCCCUAAACAAUGCAAGGGGGAAACACUGAGAAGAAUUCAAGUUCCCUUUGCCAUUAAGGGACACAGAGUCUCACGGAGAUUCCUUUUCAGGCAGAGAUGAAGCUGUUGGAGGUCCAAGUCAAAAGAUUACCAACAAGGGUUGAAUGCUUUUACUUUGUAAAGAAAACAUUUCAUGAAAGAAAGACUGGGGGCUAAGAAAAAUAUAAGAAACAUUUGUAAGAACUAUACUGAGCCUGUCAAUAAAAAGGCAAAAUGAAUAUAGGGAGCAUCUUCCCUUAGAUGACAAUAAAUGAAGAUAGCAAGUGUAAAAGAGAUAAGCUUCUCCACUCUGGCUUGGACAAAACACAUGAUCCAUAAUGAGCAUGAAAGCAUCUGUGUAUUUUGAAGCUAUUUGAAUUUGGUGGUAUCCAUUGUAAACAAUAGGCAUUUAAAAGUAUUUUUCUGUAUAAUGUGACCUUUAACAUCAUUAAGGCAUUUGCUUCCUAAAUGACUUGUUUAAUUGAAAAUGUCUCCUUCGUAAAUUCUUCACAGUAUGUUUCCAAUUUCAAAAAUGGAUAGAAGGUUGCAAACAUUGGUGACAUAUUAAAUGCCAGCUAAAUACUGUAAAUAGUUUUUUCAUCUAGGAAUGUGAUGAAACUAAUAUAGGAUGCAUCCGCAUAAACUGCCUUUUAUGGUUGUCAAAGAUACAAGCCUAGAUGGGAUUUUUAAGUUCAAUACUUGCAUUUCAUAAUAGAUUAAUUUCAUUGGUAUUUUGCACCUUGUUUUCCAUCAACAACAUUAUUCCAGCAACCUUUGUUUAAAAUGCAUGCUGUAAUUCAGAGCAUUGUGUGAGCUCCAGGGCGACUUUAUGGCACCUUACAUGAUGGCUAGGAUUCUUUCCUUUACUUAUGAAAGCAACUUCAGACAAGUGUCUUGGUAUGAACACUGCACUUUCAUGUUCAUGGAAGCCAGUGAGGAACCUCUACCUGUGCAUCAGCAUCAAAGCCUAGUCACUACCCAUUGGGAAUAAAUAGUUGCCAUGGUAGUAUUAUAAGUUACAUAUGCCUUUGAUUUUUUUUAAAGUACUUAGAACUAUUUUUCAAGGUUUAUACUUUGUUAAGCUUAGUUGUCAUGCUUAACUACUACACAGCAUGACCACUACCCGUUGCACUGUGAUGUGGGUUGAAGUACCAUAGAGCCUCACAUUAUGGUACACUAAACUGUGACAAAUAUUUCUCUCUGUGUGUAUGUGCGUAUAUAUGGGCAUGAUUCCAAUGUCAAUUUAAAUGUAGUAUCUGCAUCCACUGUGGUCUCUGAUUCAAGAGCCUGCACGUAAGCAUUUGCUCUGGUGUGCACAUGAGCUGGGAUUGCCCCACUUUUUUGGAAUAAGAGUGCAUUUCCCAACUAUUUGUAAGCUCUGGCUUGCAUAAUGUGGCAUGGACAUGUAACUAACUCUAUGUUCUGUGGGGCCAACUAUCAUUGAAUAUUGCAAACAGUCAUAAUUGAACAUACACACACACACACACACACACACACACACACACACACAGAGUAUAUCAAGUUAUAUAUUAAAUUUGGCAUGCAUAUGCAUUUUCUCAAAAUUUCAAAGCAUCAAUUGAAGUGUCAGUGCAGCCCUUAAUACCAGGAGUGUUCAAUCUUUAAGUCCUAAGUGAAAGAUACAAAACAUGGGACAAUGAAUAAUGGAAAUUCCACUAUAAGGAAUGUAUCAUUUUAUUCCUUCCUUCCUUAAAUAUAUAAUGAAAGAUACUGUGGCCUUAUUCAAGGUGAAAAGGGCCUCCUCCUUACCCAUGGCAAUUGCAGCUCCUCUCCAGGGAGAACUGGAGUAAGUACAGGGUUUCCUUACACAUUCGGCCAAACCAAUAACUCAAAGGAGUUGCACACACUGGAACUCAGAUACAAGUCUCAGACCACACCUGUGACCUUGUAGGAAUUACAAAUUCUUUGGCUCAAUAAACAGUUUCUCCCUCCCAUAAUGGUUCUUUCAGAAACCAAAAUAUGGAGAAUGAGUCACAUGAAAUCCAAGAAGAAGAAUGUAUUUAUAUUUGUCAAUCAGGGGAAUGGAAAAACAAAUAAUAAAGAUCACAAGACGGAUCAACUUAAGAGCCUUUUUUCUUUGUGAUUCCAGAUUAAGUACUUUAAUGUUUUAAGAUAUAUAUGAUCAUUCUUAUGAAGUGUGAAAUUUCCUGCAUGGAAAGUGAUCAUAAACAAUCGUGAAUCCGGAAAGCUGAUAGCACCGUUGAACAACUAGGCUGGAAAAGUGCCUUUACUUUUCCAAUCCUUAUCAGUCUGCUGACAAUAGGGCUAAAUCUCAUUAGUUACCUCCCUUUUAACCCUCUCAGGUAGACAAUAGUUUUUUUAAAAAAAAAUUGGCAUAUUUGAGUUGAUAUUUCUUAUCAGUCUAACUAAGCUGCUAAAUCCUAACAACUGUGGAAAAAAUCUGCCUAGCUUUUGCUUUUUGUGUAUGUUUCUGUGCACUUUAAUUAUAUUGCCAGCCCAGACAAAAGCUGAACAAUAAAAUCAAAUUUUGUCUCACUUUAAAUUAUAUGUCAGUAGUAAAUUUUUCAAGUUCUAUUUAUUAAGAGCCUAUUUUUAUAAACAAAUACACGAAUAAAUAUCAAAGAAGUAUCAAAAAAUCUAUGAUUAGAAAAAAAGAAAAUCAAAAAUCCCUAGGGCAUGUUUAAAUACUUCUGGUUAAUGAAUACGGUAGAAGUGAACAUAAAGAAUAUUAUUUAUAGAUGCUUGUUUAUCAUUAUAGUUCAAACUGCUUGUUUUUUUUCAUUAAUUUUCACCAAAGAUAAUGAUUGCAUCCUGACGCAUGAUAAAUAGAAGCAUGGAUUAUUUGGACCAAAUGGCUAAUUUACUGCAUAUUCUUGUUGUGUUUGAAAUAUAUUUUUUAAAAUUGCAUAUGUCAGAUAUUGAACAAAGUGAUACUAAUCUCAAAUGCUGUACUUUUUUUUACUUGUCUCUGUUUUCUUUGUUCGUGUUAUAAAGAAACCAGCCCUUUAUCACAAAAAUCUAUACAGCAUAACAAUUCAUUAGUGGGCUUUAUUUGUGAUGUAUCGUGGUUGGUUGGUUAUUUAUUGUUUGAAUUGUAUUUCAUUUUACAGUAUCGGCUUUGUACUUUGGGAUGGGAGCCCUUUGCAAUUCCUUGUAUUGAAGUGCUGCAGAAGGUGCAUUUAUUUGUCUUUAACCUAUUUAUUUUACAACUUCCAUUAAAAUAUAGAUUCACAUUA